AUUCACAACUUGCAUUUAUACUUAAUGUUGCGGACGUACUGUGUUAAAAUUACAAAAAUUCAUAAUUAUAAAUUAUUAAAAAAACCUUUUUUUUAUGUGCACGUUGUUCUAACACUGGGAUCCAUAAACUGGAUUAAGAACAAUGACGAACUCUUCGAUUUUUGGGACCGAGUUCAUCAAAACUAAAUCUCUCGAGGAAGAAGAUUAUGUAGCAUCUUUGAACAGCACGGAAAGAAAAAACAGAAAUUAUGAAUGGCAGAUUGUCUGGAGAAACGUAUUCGCUUUCAUAUAUCUACACGCUGCCACCUUGUACGGUAUUUAUCUGAUGUUCACAGGGAAAGUUAAACUAUGGACAGUGCUAUUUGCUGUCAGUUUCACUUUGCUGUCGGCGGUGGGAAUAACUGUAGGCGCGCAUCGACUUUGGGCACACAGAGCAUAUAAAGCGAAAUGGCCGCUACGUUUGUUCUUGGCGUUACUGCAGACGAUGGCCUUCCAAAAUCAUAUAUAUGAAUGGGUACGCGAUCAUAGAGUUCAUCAUAAGUUCACGGAGACUGACGCUGACCCUCACAACGCUAAACGAGGAUUUUUCUUUUCUCACAUGGGCUGGUUGAUGGUGAGGAAGCACAAAGACGUCUUCGAAAAGGGUGCCGCUGUUGAUAUGUCGGAUUUGGAAAAGGACCCGAUCGUAAUGUUCCAAAAAAAAACAUAUCUAUUCGUGAUGCCAAUCCUAUGCUUCUUAUUGCCAUUGUACAUUCCCGUUUAUUUUUGGAACGAAAAUCCAUGGUCCUCGUGGUAUGUCGCAUCAAUGUUUAGAUACACGAUCAGUCUUCACUUCACGUGGCUGGUUAACUCCGCCGCACACCUCUGGGGGAACAAGCCAUAUGAUCAAUACAUAGGAGCAACUGAUAACAAAACUGUGGCGAUCUGUGCUUUAGGCGAGGGUUGGCACAACUAUCAUCACGUAUUUCCCUGGGACUACAAAGCGGCCGAGCUCGGAGACUACAGCACCAAUUUAUCAACCGCCUUAAUUGACAUCGCUGCAAAAUACGGCUUAGCUUACGAUUUGAAGACGGUAUCUGAAAAGAUGAUAAGGAAUCGCAUUAAUCGAACAGGCGACGGUACCCAUCCUUGGGCGAAACAGAAGGCAGAGUUGGAGGAAGAUCAUCAUCAUCUAGAAAACCCUAUAUGGGGCUGGGGCGAUAAAGACAUGUCAGACGAUGAUAAGAAAUUGGCGGAAAUUGUUCACAAAAAGAAUGACUAGAUAUAAGCAACUCAAGCGUUUCUGAAGUACACAUUUUGUGAAGGUUGAUGUUGAAUGAAUUUAUUUCAGAUUCUUUUUAAACAGUGAGAUUUAGUCUUCUGUUUCUUUUUAAACAGUGAGAUUUAGUUACUGGUGGUAGGCAGCUACCACCUAAGCAAUAAAAAGAAAAAAGAAAAAAGGAACUAUGAGGACCUGCGUUGUGAAGUACAACAUUUUUAGUGUAGUAGCAAACAAUAAAAUGUAUUUAUUUUUGUGGAGUACUCAUGAAACAAACGACGCGCUAUUAAUACGAUACGAUAUGAUCAUGUAACUAUGAUAGGAAUGUUUUUUUAUGCUGUACUAGCUAACCCGGCAGACUUCGUAGUGCGCAGGGGCCAUGCUAAUCUUCUCUAUCGUUCCAAUUUUAGUAUAUGUACUGCCGAAGUGUCCUGGUGAAACUGGAAAGGCCUCCGGGCCACCAGUAAUCCUUCAAUCAUAAAAAAAAACUUCGUAGUGCCUCAGUCGAUAAAUAAAAUACCUAAACUUUUGUAUAAAAUAAACUCAAAACAAACAAAAGGAAUCGGUUCGGAGGGGGGGGAUACAUCAAAGGAAAACAAAAUUGUUAUUUUUAUUUAAUACCGAGCAUUUUCAUAUUUAUCUACCUUUUAAACCUUUUCUGGACUUCCACAAAUAAUUCAAGACCAAAAUUAGCCAAUUAGCCGUUCUCGAGUUUUAGCGAGACUAACGAACAGCAAUUCAUUUUUAUAUAUUAUAGAGAUAACACGGAAACAACAUUGUGAUUAAUUGUAAUAUGCCGUAUGUCUGAAUCUAUUUAUUUAUUUAAAAUUUUAUGUGCAUUCAUUAAUAUGAAAAAUAAAAUAAAAAUGAGCCUGCACCUGGAGACUUACACAAUUUACGUUUUAUCCGCUUGGCACAGGUGUUGAUGUUUGGCUCACUGCUGUGAUGAAUGGACUUUAAUAUUUUUCAGCUAUUGAAGUUAUAAGCUGAUUCAAAUAUUGAAAAAUAAGUGCUUAACUUUCUUUAGGUUAUUAUUUACUAAGAGCCUUGGAAGAAUUUAUUUAAAUUGUCAGUGCGCUUCUAAUAUUAAUAUGUAAAUUGCUCAAUUUAAGAAAUAGGCUCUUGUUGUUAGUAAAAUACUCAAUUUUAUAAAUUUAUUUAUUUUUUGCUUACAUUGAUAUAAGGCUCUUAAGGUGUUCUUUAAUUGUAAGGUAAUUGUCAUAAUUUCUUAAUUUAUAUAAAUAAAUACUAUAAGAAUACAUAAA